AUGAGGCUAGGGCACGGGCGGCGGGCUUCUCUGGCACUCACCCUCAACUUUGUGGCGUUUGCUUUUGCCUUAUCAGCAGUGACCACCAGCUACUGGUGUGAGGGGACCAGGAAGGUGGCCAAACCCUUCUGCACGGGACCGCCGGUGAAGGCGAAGCAGUGGUUCUGCAUCCGCUUCAACAGCUCCAACAUCAACGACAGCCGGCUGGUCCAGUACAUCUUUGAGACGGGAGAGGAGAAGUUUCUUUUGAAGAAGUUCCACACGGGCAUUUUUUUCUCCUGCGAGCAGGCCGCCGACAUGAACGGGUUUGACUGUCGAGACUUCUCAGAGAUUGCACCAGAACAUGAAAGAGGGGUCCUGUGGUUGUGCAUAGUGGCUGAGAGCCUGUACCUCACCCUGCUCUUCACAGGCGGGGCCCUGAUGACCCUGGAGCAGUGCCCCUGCUUUAGCAUCAUGAACAAACUGAAGCUCAGUGCCUUCGCUGCCAUGUGCACUGCCCUGUCAGGCCUUUGUGGGAUGGUGGCCCACAUGAUGUUUACCACCAUAUUCCAGCUGGCUGUCGCUAUGGGGCCCGAAGACUGGAGGCCCAAGACCUGGGACUACAGCUGGUCUUAUGUCUUAGCGUGGGGCUCUUUUGGCACCUGCAUGGGCUCUGCAGUGACGGCGCUCAACAGGUACACCAAGACCAUCAUAGAGUUUAAAUACAAGCGGCGGAACAUCGAGAAGAGCCUCAUGAUCAAGCAGAAGAUGAUGGAGCUGGACCUCCCAGAGCAGAUGUGGGACAUGUACUUGACUGCUGUGCCUGCCGAUGCCGAGGCACAGCUGGAACUGCCUGUCAACGGCCACAAACCGUCCACGGGGACGACGUAUGUGGUCGAAAUGGACAACGUACCAGAACAGCAGGGAGAGGCAUACUGCUAA